AGCGCUGAAAUACCUUAUGGUUGGCUUGAGAUGCAUCAGAUUCUGUUUUAAAAUUCCUUACUGAUGUGAUGAAGGUGAUAUAUAUAUAUAUAUAUAUGUAUAUGUAUAUAUAUAUAUAUAGAGAGAGAGAGAGAGAGAGAGAAGUAGAAAGCAAUUUAGACAGGAAUCCCAUUCCAUCUUACUUACAUUUUACUUGAAACUGGCUAGAUGCUGAAUGCUAUCCAGAAAGCUUGAUUGUGGACAUCAUGUUUCUAUGGUAUUUAGCUUAUAAUUAGCUGUCCUGUCUUAAACAAGAUUUUAAAAACGAUUGGUUUCAAUUUAGAAUCAAACCAAACCUUUCAUGUGAAUUAUUGUUAAUCAAUUGUGCUAAAGAUUUGACAGGAAUCAAUUAUGAGAGAUCUAGGCUCAAGGUUAAUGAUAUCAGGCAAUGUGAAUGACAGUUGCUGCAUUUAGAGAGGUUGAGAGGAGAUUCUUGCCAGACCAUAGUUACCCUACUCACUCAAUGGCCUCUGGAAAAGGACUCGUUGUCGUGGAAUGAGAAAGGGAUCCACCCACCAGAGAAAGUUCACCAACAGCCGCGUGGCAUAUUGGUAAAGUGCUGGACUCUUAAUUCUAAUGAUCAUAUUUAAAUUCUGACAAUUUCAAAUAACAAUAUAUAUAUGCUGAUUCAUGUUUCUUUGGCUAUAACAUAAGAGUUAGAAAAAUCUACGUAUGAAUCUGCUGAUAUAUUCUUUCAAAUUGCUUUAAAAAACGUUUCAUAAGGCUUAUUUAUAAACACAGUUCAUUAGCUCAUUUUUAAUCAUCAACUUGUGUUUGGAGUUUGGCCCUAAGAACUUGAAUCAAAGUAUUGAAAAAGAUGCUUGAGGAAAGAAAUGGCAAGUCUCUUUGAGAGAAAUCAAAGAAGAUGCUGGUGAACAUCAUUAAGCUUUCGUCAAUUUAUAUUGCCAAGAUGCGUCUUGGAGCAAUUGGACAUCCAACAGCAACCAAAAACCUCGCACCCGCAACAGAUUCUGAUAUGGUUACUGAUGAAGUGCUGCAGCCUCAAUUUUCUGGGAGCCAAAGGUCAGAAAAGCUGCAUUGUAGCUCGAAGCCUUAUUCAUUCGUGAUGCAACCAGGCGGAGGAAAUGAAUCUCUCAUGGUUCAUGAAGAGAAAAGAGACAGUGAUGGCAUCUUCGCUGCCUUAAUAAGGAAGGCAAGAACCGAAGCAAUUUACAUGAAGCAUCAAAGCUUUCUCCCUACAUACUGCCACCUCCACCACACCAUUAAGCAGAAAGAACUAAAUUUAGAUGCAAAGACUUCCAGAAUAUGGAGAUUCUACCCAAUAUCUCUUCUAUUAGUGUACAGAUAGUUACAAUUAUUUCAUCAAGGAAUCAGGUUUCCAAGAUAAUUUUCUAUAAUUUUCUCUCUUUGUUUUUUUUCUUUUAUUGAUAAUUUUGGUUAUUUAAGAUGUUGCAGAAGAUAAUGUAAACUAAUUUUCCUAUAAACGUGUCAAUU